AUGGAUGAACAUGACCUUCCUUUUAAAGUGGGUCAACUUGUAGAGGCAAGAUCUUUUCUUCAAGGUUACCGUGGUGCAUGGUUCCGUUGCAAGAUAAUAGAUGUCCACCAGAAAGAUACAGGGAUGCAGUAUGCAUUGCGAUAUUAUGACUUUCCAGAUGAAAAAGUAAAAUGGACAAAGCUACAUCAAUAUCCGAAGCCUAGACUCAAGAAUACAGAGAGGCAAUUGAUGGUGCGCCCUUGCUUUCCUUCUGUCUAUCGUGAAAGCAAAUUGCCUGAAAUCAAGGCCAUCUCAGAAGUGGUAGUAAUUGUGAAUGAUGUUUGGAACGUGGGAGAUCUCGUAGAUUGGUGGACUGAUGAUUGUUAUUGGUCUGGAACACUAACUGAAGCAUUAGGAAACGGUAAAUUUCAGAUCGAUUUGCUGCCACCUCCUGUUGGUGAAGGGUCAUCUUAUGAAGCUGACUCCAAGGACUUCCGACCAUCUUUAAGUUGGUCUCUGGAACAUGGUUGGACGGUGCCAAUUCCUUCGCUUGAAAUUGUGUUUUGCAAUAUGUCAGUGGUUCUUCUUUUCUACAUAAAUGGUGAAAUUGGGUAUCGACCAGCUUCUGUAGGGCGUUCUGCUAACUUGGCAGUCCAUGCGGUUGAUGAAGGGAGAAAGGACCCUGAGGCUACAGUUAAAGCAUCAUUUGAGCUGAAUGCUUCGUUUUCUUCUCAUAUUACAAAAAAUUCUUUACCACCUCCACAUAGAUCUGAGGGAAUGGCAAAAAGCCCUUUGAACCCUCCCAUAUCUAACAAGGCAUGUCCACCAGGAAGAAAGAUAGGCUUAGAUAUAACAAACGGUGGCGUUGCUAAAACUAGUUGCUCAGAUAGUGUUUCAAGUUCACAUGUUAGAGCCGGUGCAUCAGCUGAACUGGGCGGAAAUACUGGUGGUGACGAUAAUAAUGCCCCCCUGAAGAAGAUGAGAACUGACGGAGGCAUAUGUUUGAAUUCUAUGUGCUCUGAUACGAUAGAAGCCUCUAUUCUGGACCUAGAGAGGCUUGCAAACAGGGUAAAGUUGGCGAAGAGUACCUUGGAGAGUGGGACGGCUUUGUCAAAUACCGCAGGACCGUCAUGGAAGUUUUUGGAAUACCGCUCACCGUCCAGACCAAAGUGA